UCAAAUCGACUGAUGUCGACAUAAACAAUAGCAAUAGAUUCUUGAAAGUGAAUGGAUUGCUUGCUUGUGGCGAAGUCUGCUUGUAGAAGUUCCUGACAUGGCACAUUGAGUAUUCACGGUGGAAGGAGCUCAGCUUUCUGUGGCUUGUAAAGGAAACGUGUCGUGAUGGUCUCCAGCAAGGAUCUUUUGCCCUUUGGCUGGGGUAUUAUUUUGAGUGUUGCCAAAGUUCUUCUAUUUCGGACGUAUCGCUCCACAGACUUCGAAGUGCACCGAAAUUGGCUGGCAAUCACGAACAGUCUGCCUGUGUCCAAGUGGUAUUUUGAAAACACGUCGGAAUGGACUCUGGACUAUCCACCGUUCUUUGCGUGGUUCGAGUGGCUUCUAUCUCAGGUCGCCGUCCUCAUUGAUCCACAAAUAGUCUCGGUAACGAACCUCAACUAUGCUGCACCGCUGUGCGUAGCGUUUCAACGAGGCAGUGUGAUUCUGACUGACUUUGUGCUGGUCUAUGCCGUGCAGCAGUACUGCCAAUGGCUUCGCAAGAAGUCUAAGCACGUCCUGUUGGAGGAGAGAAUACUGUUCCUUUGUGUUCUGAUUCUCUGCAACUUUGGUCUACUCAUUGUUGACCAUAUUCAUUUCCAGUACAAUGGAUUCCUGAUGGGAAUAUGGCUACUGUCCAUAACACGCAUGAUGGAGGGCCGAGUUAUUGCAGCAGCAUUUCUUUUUGCCGCCCUUCUCAACUUCAAGCACAUCUUCCUGUAUGUGAGCCCGGCGUAUUUCAUCUAUCUCUUCCGAGUUUACUGCUUCCCAUCGCGCAGAAAGGACUCCCUGACUGCGGCGACUGUCUCAAUUUGGACAUUCUCCUUCUCCAAUCUCGUCAAGUUGGGCGUGGUGGUUGUGGCCGUGUUUGCUGUGUCGUUUGGGCCUUUUAUCUACAUGCAACAGCUACCACAGGUGUUGUCUCGUUUGUUCCCCUUCAAACGUGGUCUCUGCCAUGCGUACUGGGCACCGAACAUCUGGGCCCUGUACAAUGUAGCAGACAAGGCUGCUGUUGUGUUAGCUCGGCGGCUUGGAAUGGCCGUGUCGUUGCCAACAGCUUCAUUGACUAGUGGCUUGGUUGGUGAUGUGGAGCAUGUCAUUCUACCGGCUGUGCCACCCAUUGCUACUGCUAUCUGUACUCUACUGACAAUACUGCCAUCUAUGUUGCAUGUAUGGCGAAGGCCUGUUGGGCCAGAGUCGUUCCUGCGCUGUCUGGUACUGUGCGCUUUCUCGUCCUUCCUGUUUGGCUGGCAUGUCCACGAGAAGGCCAUUAUACUCAUAACAAUCCCUAUGAGUUUGCUGGCCAUUGAACAAGCAGCAGUGGCCAGGAUUUACCUGCUGUUAUCAAUAACUGGUCACUACUCGCUGUUCCCACUCCUCUUCCAACCAGCUGAAACUCCUAUCAAAGUACUGCUGCUGCUUCUUGUGUCCAUCUGGUCAAUACGAUGCGUCAAGGUUUGCGUAAACGGCCAAGGUACGACUCAGCUGAAUGCUCUGGAAAAGCUCUAUCUGCUCGGUCUCGUGCCACUGUUUGUGUACUGUGACAUAGUACACGCCAUGCUUGGCCUCCAUGUGACUCUGCCCUUCCUGCCCCUGCUACUCACCUCCGUGUACUGUGCUAUCGGUGUUGUGUAUGCAUGGCUGCUCUUCUAUGCCGAUACGCUUUCUGGACGCUGGUUUCGUUCUGAAGACAAGGUGAAAGAGACCUGAGGAGUCUGCUAAUGACGUGAUUAUUAGCACUAGCCAACUCACUUCUCCUCAGGGCUGCACAUCUGCACUACUUAUUUAGACAACAUGUGCAUGUAGUUAGACCUUCUGUGUCCAGACUCGUUCUGCAUGCAUGGAUUUCUUGAUGUAUGUAGGUUGUCUCGAUGUGGCUGGGCCACAGUCGAGGCAUGAUAAUUAUAUUCAAAAAUUUGAUUAUUAUAUCCGCCCAUCCAUUUUUUUCUCUUUUCAUUCAUUCGAUGUUUAUUUUACUCAAGCGUGUGUUCGAUUGUGAAUUCAAUCCAGACGUGAGUUGUUUUAUUUACGAUUUAUGCCAGUUGA